AUGUCGUCUUCACCUUUCUUUACCAGUGGGCUUGCCAUGUGGUCCCCAGCCGUUGUUGUGAAUCCAAGAUUACCACCUUCAUCCACAUUGACAGCACCUGAUACGCUGACAACAACAACCACCACUGAUCCAUCAGCAAUGGCUAUGCAUUCGAGCUUUUAUCACCAGCCAUUGUACGAACCGAGACUAUGCGUGCUAUGUGGAUUGCCACAUCGGGCACCCGAUGGUCAUGGUAAAUCACUCAACGAGUGCGACAGCGACGUUUUGUCGUACUUGUUCCAUGACCAUAGCACUGUAUCCGAUGUAUCGCCCGAACACUUUCCCGAUCUGACAGAUGCCACAAAGCCUGAUCGUGUUAUAUUUGUACGCUCCCCAUCAUAUCACAAGCGAUCUUGGUGGAAAGCUUGUUUGGUGUAUAUACGUCUCCUUUUCAAAAAGAUCUUGUAUCAUAAGCAGCAUGUGCAUCCAAGUAAACGGCAAUGA